AAAGACAGAAAAACCAUCAAAACACACACACACACGCACAUAAGUGUGCCCCUUUUUCUCUUCACUUUAUCCCCUUUAAAAUGGCGCACAAAUCCAGCCACAGGCGCACCUUAGCAGCAGUCACAGACCUCCAAACCCCAAUGGAUCCUCCGCGGAAGCCCAGGCCCGAACCCUCCUCCGCCGCCGCGAACCUCCACCUACGCCACCAGCCGCCGCAGCUCGUUCACCCUCUUCCAGAUCCCGCCGCGGCCCCGCCAUCCUCCACCAUACAGAACAUCUCCCACCGCUUCUCGAAGCUCUACCCGAGCCACAGGAAGCUCGCCUCGAAGCCCGGCUCGCACCCUCAGCCCGACCCCUUUGUCGCGACCCACAAAAAAGAUCUCACCGUUUCUCCAGUUUCAGACUCCUCCUGCACCACCCUGACGAAAUCAAGCAGCCAGAAGGAGAGGAACCCGAACAUCAGCCUCAGCUCGGCCAUUGUCAAAAUCUUGGAGAAAAAGGAGAAAAAUCAGAGGAAUUACUACUUCGACACGAAACCCAACGUGGAUGAGAAAAGCGGUUUGAGGAAGCCGUCUCGCGACAGGGACGCGAAGAAAGAUUUGUCCUUUGUGCCGACGGAGGAUAUUUUGAAGGGCUUGGAGAGAAUCGAAGAGAGAGUUGAAGAAGGGGUGGGCGAGGGGAGGAGAAGAAGCUCUGUGUCUUGUCUCCCGCCGGUUGUCAAUGGAGGAAGGAGAAGGUCGUUCUGCAACUCGCAGGUUGAGCUGGCGGACUUCUUGUCCAGCAGCGGCGUGAAGGUUGUGUCGGUGGAUAUGCCGCCGUUCAUGCAGAUUCACGCCGUGGAUUGUGCGAGGAAGGCAUAUGAUAGCCUGGAGAAGUUCACAGCCAAGACUCUAGCUUUCACGCUCAAAAAGGAAUUUGAUGGGGUCUAUGGACCAGCUUGGCACUGCAUAGUGGGGACCGGUUUUGGUUCAUUUGUGACUCAUUCAGUGGGUGGAUUCAUGUACUUCUCUUUAGAUCACAAGCUUUACAUCCUUCUAUUCAAGACCACAGUACAUAGGGCAGAAUAAUAACUUUCCAAGGCCAUCUUUACACUUAUGAUUAUUUUUUAAAAAAAAAGGAAAGAUAAAUGUUGUCUCCUUUGUUUGUACAUCUUUUGGUGGUAUCAAGAAGAAAAGAAGAAGAAAAAAAACAUUAUGGAGAGUGUAUCUUUUCCAUUUAACUCAAAUUGUCAAGGCCCCCCUUUUUGGAUGUGUUCUUGGGAGAAUUUGAGGCUUGGUGUAGGUGAAAGUUAGAUUAUUACUUGAUGUAAUUGCCUUGUUUGUAGGUUGUUCCAAGAUGUCCCUUUUUCUUGUAUUGGUUUGAGUGAAAUUAUAUUUGGAUGUACAAGAAUUUGAUGGGAUUUGUAGCAUGUGUAUUGUUGACUGCAAAUUAAUAUAAAUUUGCUUCAAGCCUUUGAGUGAUAGGAAGGCUAAUUAACUUCUAUUCUCACUUUGGCGUUUUGUGAAAUUAUAAUACUGGAUGAGAUGGGCUUAUUAGCUUAUUUAUGUGUAAUUCUUG